AAAAUGAGGCUCUUACAAAGGUCGGGUUUCUCUAGAAAGACAGAAACUCAGACAAUAUGAACUCCCACUCUCUCUGGUUUCACCAUAACUUUGCUUCAUCAUCAAUAAAUAUUAAUAUAAAUGUAGAUGUAGAUGUAGAUGUCGAGGGGUAUUUAACAGCAGCACAAUAACAACGAGGAGACGAGAGGACGUUGUUUCUAUCUAUAACCAGAUUUAUUUCAGCUCCGUUGUUGAGGAGCCCAGAAAUAGGCUGAAUUCUGUCCACCACCACGCCACUUGAAUCCACUUCACGUCGCUGUCGCCCCUUUGAAUGGACCCACUCUGGACCCACUCUGGAGCCGGCUCUCUGCGAGCUGCUGUGUGGGAGUGGGCGGCUCACAGACAGGAACCUGAAUGUCAGAGCGCUGAUGAAUCACAGACGUGGAUCUGAGGCCGGCGCUGAGUGGGCUGAGCUCCGAGAGGAGAAUAGACGUCUGUAGGUGUGUGAGUGUGGGCUGCCCACCCGGCUACGCCUCUGCUUCCUGCCACGGUAAACGAGGUCACGGUGACGUCCUCCAGGACACAUUCAAGUGUCUUCAUGCCUCACUAUGAUAUGGAUUUAUGUGGAGCUGGGCCAUGAUGUCAGCUACCAAAAUAACACGUCUCACUGAUGAAUAUUUUAAAAAAAUAUCUAUUUAAAACAUGAGCUUGUCGUGAUUUAACGUCCAAACUCAUUUCAUGUUUUGGGUGCAGGGACACAAAGUCCCAGUAUUCAGUCCUGGUUCUUGUGACCUGUCGGGUCGUCGCUGUGGGACGGUUUAUAACCAGGGGACACGUGCAGCUUUUGUAAUUCUUCCGGGACAAAUCCCAAGUCUCAGGUCCGGAUCUUUCAGUUCCCCAAAAGCUGAUUAAAUACUUUGAGCUCGGCAUAGUUUUGGUUUAUUCAUUGUCAAGUGGGAAUUAGUGUCACAGCAACUAAAAUAUGAGUCAUUGUGACUCGAGUCUGACUUGUGAACAGUUUUUAAAAGCUUGUUAAAAAUGAUCAGGUUUAUGUUUCUUGGGGCUGCUUGUCCUCUGGAGGGUCAGGGUGAGGGGACUGAACCCAGAACCUUCCGGCAGUGAGGCGUUAUUCUCAUUAUUAGUUUUAAACCCAUCACUGCUAAGCCUCAUCAACCAUCAGGAUCUUAAUUGGCUGGUGUUUCUCUGAGAUGUGUUGGCGUUCAAUAGAGGAAACAGAGUGUGAGGACCCGGCUGGUCACAGGAGGAUCGAUGGGCUCCUUGAUAGUCUCCAAACAUGCCUGAUUGAUUUUCACUAACUGCCUCCAGCUACGGCCUCCUGGCUUUAAUCAGAGGUGACGAUCAAAACAAAACAAGUGUGUUCUGGAGGAGAGCGCCGUGCUCCCACUUUAUUAUCCGCUCCGCCAGAUAUAUCUGAGUUAUCUCGCUGCAGGAAAAGAAAAGAGAAGAGAAGAAGAGCCGGGCCUGGUCUCCUGUUGUCCUCUCUCAUCCACGUCGUGAUGCACUGAGAUGAGUGGGAUUCCCUCGGCCCACCACGCCGGCCUCUGAAGUCCAAGGAAACGUGGCUCCGUCCCACUCGUCCCAGCCAGAGCCCACUCAGCCAGAAACCACACAAACACAGAGCAGAGACGUGGAGCGUAAGAGUUUAAGCCCCGCUCACAAAAACAAACUGGAUCCUCGUCCUCCUCACGCAGCUGAUCACACAGCAGCUUUAAAAUGGUCUCAAUACAUACCGAGUGUCAACGAGGUGGCGUACACUCUGGUGUAGCUGAGGUCUCCAGUUCUUCCAUUUCCCACCGCCAGUGAACGCAGCACCGCCCAUCUCCGCCUCUGCGCUCCAACCGGGAGGCACCGACGGACUGAGUGGCUGCGUGGGGAGCCGGUGUGGGCGCAGCGGAGGACUUUCCUAUAAAAGCAGGGAUCCCACGGACAGACGUGUUCGUCUCUCUCAGUCCGCGGCAGACACGAUCCACGCUCCACGAGCCACGAGCCACGCUGCCUCCCCUUUUCUCUCAUCACCUCAGCCUCAUCCAGAAACAAAAAGAGGAAAAUCUUUAAGUCUAUGGUUCUGACUGACGCACCGACAAGGAUGUCCCGGACCGACGAGGUGCACCGCAUCACGGAGAAUGUCUACAAGUCCAUCAUGGAGCAGUUCAACCCCUGCUUACGGAACUUCAUAGCCAUGGGGAAGAGCUACGAGAAGGCGCUCACCAGUGUCACAUAUGCUGCAAAGGGCUACUUCGACGCUCUGGUGCGGAUGGGCGAGAUGGCCAGCGAAAGUCAAGGCUCUAAGGAUCUUGAAGAGGCAGCAUGGGAGGUGCUCUUUCAGAUGGCCGAGGUCCACAGACAGAUCCAGAUCCAGCUGGAGGAGAUGCUCAAGUCCUUCCACAACGAGCUGCUCACCGAACUGGAGAAGAAGGUGGAGCUGGAUGCGCGCUACCUGAAUGCUGCCCUGAAGAAGUACCAGAUGGAGCACAAGAGCAAAGGGGAGAGUCUGGAGAAAUGCCAGGCGGAGCUGAAGAAGCUGCGCAGGAAGAGCCAGGGCAGCAAGCACCCGUCCAAGUACGGAGACAAGGAGAUGCAGUACGUGGAGGCCAUCAGCAACAAGCAGGGCGAGCUGGACAGCUACAUCGCCGAGGGCUACAAGAACGCUCUGUCUGAGGAGAGGAGGAGGUACUGCUUCCUGGUGGACCGUCAGUGCGCCGUGGCCAAGAACAGCAGCUCCUACCACGGCAAGGGGAAGGAGCUUUUAUCCCAGAAGAUCCCUGUGUGGCAGCAGGCAUGCGCCGAGCCUAACAAGCUGCCAGAUCGUGCCAUGUUUCUGGCCCAGCAGAUGAGUGGUGCAGUGAGCACGCUGCCUCCUGGUGCUCAUCAUCCCGGCAUGCCCAUGUCUGAAUCCAUGCCAGGAGCCAAACCCCUGCCGGUGCCUCCAGAGCUGGCAGCCCUCAGGGCCAGUGGAGUCAUGGGACAGCAGAGGCUGAUGGGAGGUGUGGACGGAGGGAUGCCGGUGAUGAACGGCACCGCCGGCGCCCACGGAGGAGAGGACUACCAACAGUGGAUGGAGGGCAAGAUCGCCCAGGGCAAGGCCUCGCCUCAGACUCAGCGGCACGGAGGGGAGGUCUACUCCAACACCCUGCCCGUCCGCAAGGUCGCCCCGGCCAAGAGCAAGGCCACGCUAACCGAGACCCGUACGCUGCCCCGGUCCAGCUCCAUGGCGGCAGGUCUGGAGAAGAACGGGAGGACCCGGGUCCAGGCCAUCUUCUCCCACGCAGCCGGUGACAACAGCACGCUGCUCAGCUUCGCCGAGGGCGACGUGAUAACCCUGCUGGUCCCGGAGGCUCGCGACGGCUGGCACUACGGAGAGAACGAGAAGACCAGGAUGCGUGGCUGGUUCCCCUUCUCCUACACACGGCUGAUCUCUGACAGCGAUGGCGACUCCAUGAGGCAGCUACGAGUACACAACCUCCACCACGGGAAAAGCAGCAGCACGGGCAACCUCUUAGAGAGAGAAGACGCGGCUCUGCCCCUCCCUGACUACGCCAUCCACUCCCGUAUGGCGGCACAGAGCGCCGCCACCCUGCACAGCAGACAGCAACGCCCCUACAGCGUGGCCGUGCCAGGCUUCUCACAGCAAGGAGCUGAAGAGUACGAACAACGCUUCCCCACGAGGGAUGACCCCCCCAUGGUGCCCACCGUGGAGGCCCCGGCCAAACCGCCCCUCUCUGAUGACGAGGAGGAGGAGGAGGAGGAGGAGCAGGAGAUGGAGGAGGAGCAGUUUGACGAGGUCCACUAUGACUCGGUGGAGAAGGCCUCGACUCCUCCGGAGGAUUUCUGAGUCCUGCUUCGCUUCAGACCAGCUGGGGAGGCUCUGGUUCAACCUCAGCGUUUAAAAUGAGCAUGAAACGAUACCAGCUGCUUCAUGACGCAGUGCCAGAAACAUUAACGUUAACAGAGACAGAGGUUUAUAUCUGACCUUCUAGGGAGGAAGAUGUGAUCACUUUUAGAUGUUAGGACGAGUUUCACGGAGCAUGUGGUGUAGAAUAAGAAGAAGAACAGAUUAGUUCUAGUUUCACUGAAUCAUUGUUAAAACAUGAAUCCACAUGACUCCUUGUAACCGAAGGGUUUUCCCGUCUUCACGCUGUAGAUCUUCUCUGGUGUUUCCACCUUUUAGCCUCUUAAUGCUGCCUUCUCUUCAGGGUUAAAGCACAGCAGCGAAACAGGAAGAAGAGACGUUCCUGAGCCAAAAUGGCCGCUCUGCAGCAGGAAAACAGACCGAUAGCGUGAGAUGAGCUCACUACAUCUAGACCUGCAUCAUCAGCUAACUACAGUAUAUUGUCUCCUGUUCAGUGUUUAGAAGUGAACCUGCAGAGGUUUCUACCCGAACAUUCACAUUGAUUUUUAAAGUCGUCUUAGAGCAGAAUGAAUUCACUCGGAGCUGAUUCUUGACUGAACUGCAGAUAUUUUCCUUUUAGCUCAAAUCCUUUUGGUUUCUAUUUGUUGGGUGAUUAUUUGUGAUUCCAUUCAAACAAAAUGCAUCGAUGGAUUUUAGGUCUUUGUUUCUUAAAGCGCAGAAGAAAAUUGAAUUUAAAAGUCUGUGGAUGAUUUUAUUGCUGUUAGAAUAAGAUUCUGUGGAGACGUGUGGACUGAAUCUGAACAUCUGGAAUAAAAAAAUAAAUGUUUAAUGUUUUUUAAUGUUUGCUGGAUGUAAAUCAGUUUAUUUAAAAGAACUAUGAGGUGAAUUCUCCUUCACUGUUGAUGAUCUGAGGUCGAACUCAUCUCACAACUCACAGAAUAAACCAGAGACGUUCCCAUUCGUUUUAGUGCAAAGACAAAUGUUUUUAACGUUUAUUUAACUUUUCUUUUAGAGAAGUUUUUAUGAACCACUAGUUUUCUGCAUCAUGUCUUUAGUUCCUGGUCUGAUGUUCACAGCUUUGACUAAAAUGGGGCAAAAUUAUUGAAUAACUACAGUGAAUGUCUCCUAUGUCAUCUGACUGGACCCUCUGUGGGACCACGGGCCGCAUGUUUGACCCCCAGAUUUAAGGUUAAUUAAAAACUUCUGAAACUGAUUUUUAACAUAAAAGAUUUGAGCCUCUGAUUUAUAUCUGAACAUCAGCAGCGUGAAGGUGGAUUCAGCUCAUAAUCUUUUUCUUUGUUGACUUUUUAUUUUGCACUUUAAAUCUGGUCGUGGAGAAGAAACGUUACUGAGCUACAGGUGAAAUAUGUUUGUGAUCGUAGAGAAACUAACGUUCCACAUGUUAUUUGUUGAAAUAACUCAGAAAAACAUUUUAUUUCAAGAGCUUCAGACUUUCCUCUUAAUUGUAUCAUGUAUAUUUAUAUUGGAAAGUGUUUCCAAGAAACUCUUACAGUUUGGAAAUUAUAACUUUAAUAUUUAUUAUACUUAAAUAAUAAUAAUAAUUUUUAUACUUACAUAUUUUAUAUUUAUACUAUAAUAUAUUAUAUUAUAUUUACACAAUAAUUAUACGUUUAAGUGGCUGCAAUUCUUAAGAAAUUAAAUUGUUCCUAAUAUUAAUAAGUUAAUAUUUGUUUAACUUUUGGUCCAAUCUCAUGUUUCCUUAAAGUUUUUUUUUUUUUUUUAUAUAAAACAAACAUACACUACAUACUGGUUUAAAGUAGCGUGUCAAUUAUUCAAUCUUUUUCAUUUAUAUAGUAGAUCAUUUCCCCCAAGAACAACAUGAAUUUAAUACUAAUGAUAAUAUAAUAAUAAUAAUAAUAAUGAUAAUAAUUUAUGUUGUUCUGAGGGAAAAUGAUCUACUAUAUAAAUGAAAAACAUUAAAUAAGUGACACUCCUCCUAAUCCUGUAUCUAGUGUAUAUAUGUUGGUUAUUAUAAACACUUUUUAAAACCACAUUAGAUUAGAAACAUUAGAAACAUUAGAUUGACCCAAAUAUUAUUAUUAUUAUUAUAAAUAAUAUUAAUUUCUUCGAUGCCAAUUUAUGUUGAGAAUUUCUUGGAAAUAUCGUCGUCUUUACAGCUGAACAUAGUUGCCAGGAAACGAUAUGAGAACGUUUCCAAGAGAUUAUCUGAAAAAUAUAUAAAUAUAUGUGUGUGUACUGUAUAUUUCUAUAAAUGCUGUUAGAACCUGUUUAAUGACACAGUGUCUGUUUUACAAGUUAAUUUUGAGAAUAAAGAAUCAAGUAUUUGA